AAAACCCUUGCCUGCUCGCCUGCAACUCAUUAACUCCACUUCACUUGGUGAAUUGCAACAAUGGAUUCCGCCAUAGCGCAGAAAACAUGGGAAUUGGAGAACAAUAUUCUUACCGUAGAAACCCCAGACCCGUCGUCGGACUCCAUAUUCUAUUACGAGGAGGUGGCGCAGACCAAGUUCCAGCAGGAGAAGCCGUGGGCUAACGAUCCCCACUACUUCAAGCGCGUCAAGAUAUCAGCGCUCGCGCUCUUGAAGAUGGUUGUCCACGCCCGAUCUGGUGGUACCAUCGAGGUCAUGGGGCUGAUGCAGGGCAAGACUGAUGGCGAUGCCAUCAUCGUUAUGGACGCCUUCGCAUUGCCCGUUGAAGGGACUGAGACUAGGGUUAAUGCGCAGGCUGAUGCUUAUGAGUAUAUGGUGGAUUAUUCCCAGACUAACAAGCAGGCUGGACGUUUGGAGAAUGUUGUUGGGUGGUACCACUCUCAUCCCGGCUAUGGGUGCUGGCUUUCUGGUAUAGAUGUUUCAACCCAAAUGCUUAACCAACAGUUUCAGGAGCCCUUCCUAGCUGUUGUUAUUGAUCCUACAAGGACUGUUUCUGCUGGGAAAGUAGAGAUCGGAGCCUUCAGGACUUACCCAGAGGGGUAUAAGCCUCCAGAUGAUCCAAUCUCUGAGUAUCAGACUAUUCCUCUCAACAAGAUUGAAGACUUUGGUGUGCACUGCAAACAGUAUUAUGCAUUGGACAUCACUUACUUUAAGUCUUCUCUUGAUUCCCACCUUUUGGAUCUGUUAUGGAACAAGUAUUGGGUAAAUACACUUUCCUCUUCACCACUCUUGGGCAAUGGAGAUUAUGUUGCUGGACAAAUAUCAGAUUUAGCUGAAAAGUUGGAGCAAGCAGAGAAUCAGUUGGCCCACUCUCGCAUUGGUCCAUUGGUUGGACCUUCUCGGAAGAAGGAGGAAGAAUCACAACUUGCUAAAAUUACUCGAGAUAGUGCAAAAAUAACUGUGGAGCAGGUACAUGGUUUAAUGUCACAGGUUAUCAAGGACUUCCUUUUCAACUCCGUUCAACAGUCAAACAGGUCUCGUACUGAGCAAUCUGGCCCUGAGCCCAUGGUUGAAGCCUGACCUACCAUCCUAGCAAAGUAAUGCAGCAACAAGCAAAAGCUUUACCUUCUUGAUGUUUCCCUUUUCAUGCAGAGACUAACUUUUAUUAGAGAACAUAAUCAAGGACUACAGAAGUUUUGCUCAUCUUUUUACACCAAUGUAAAGCCUCUGGCUUUGGGCAAUCUAAUCAUUUUUUUUGGAAACAUCAUAUUCAGGCUCUGCAUGCUCAAACUUAAAGCCCAUUCUAGGAGGGAAUCAGAUUACGUGGUUCAUAUUUGUUCAAUUUGUCACUUUUUUAUUGAAUGAGUUGACAGCAAGUGAGUCAAUCAUUGCAGCACGAGAUUGUAAGAUAAAAUGAAUAGUGGUUUAACAUUCACCAUAGACAUGAUCCUGCUUACUACUACAUUGAUCUCGGCAUAGUGUUGGUAACCCCAAUUUUCUUUCUUCUUUGGUAAUGAGGUGAUGAAAGCAAACUCAGUGUCGAUGUUCUUUUGUAAGUGCUGAGAUGACAGGAUAAGGAGAAGGAAAGGAACGUUUCGUACAGGGAGGGAAAUCAGCAUCAAUACUCGAGUGCAGUACUAAAAAUGAAGAAGAAUCAUAACAUGGCACCAUGUUUUGUUGAUAUUAAUGAAAAGAGUUUUGAUUC